AUGUUAAAUUCAGAAAAAGUACAAUUAACUUUGUUAUCAAAAAAUGCAAGUUGUUCGAUAUUAUUAACAAAUACAUCUGAUAUAAUUUUGAUCAAACUGCAACAAGUGUUUUCAGUCGAUGAUAUCUUUCGUUUUACUUAUCAAUGCUCUAAUUUUACUAAUAAAAUAGAAGUAUUUUGGCGUUUAUGGCCUUUGAAUACCACAUGUUUAGUAUCUCUCCAAUGUUCUUUUACAAAUAUUUUAACACAUUCAACAUCAAAAGAACUAUUUUUGAAAGAACAAAAUGCUGUUUCAUCUUGGUUUGAUUUACAAUAUGAAACAUUUAUUGAUCAAAGAUUAUCAAAACAAAUAAAUAAGAGUAGAAAUUUAGUGCCAUUUGAAAUAGCAAAAAAUCGAAAUGUAUGCUCAAGUGAAUUUCAAAAUUGGAUUUUAGACUAUGAAAAAUGGCAUGAAAAUAUAACAUUUAAUCUUAAUAAUGGAUUAAUGACAAUAGAAGAACAACGUGAUCGUAUAAUUGAACUUGAUGUUCGUUUUUUAAUUUAUGAAAAACCAGAUACAUCAGGUAUUGCCGAUCGAAUAAUUCAUAUGAUUUCAACAUAUUUAGUUGCAUUAUUAACAAAAAGAUUAUUCAUAUUUGAUAAAAAUUGGUCUGAAUUUACUGAUAUUAUGCAAUCAAGUUUAAACUAUGAACAAAACUUAGUUAUACCAUGGAUUCAACAACUUAAUUCACUUAAUAAAAAUUUAAAUAAAACUCAUCGAAAUUAUUUGUCAUCAAAUAGUCGAUGGUUUUCUUUGGAUCGAUUUCAGAAAGAUUAUGAUUAUGAUAGAAUGUUUCCUGAACGUAUUUUAACAUUUAGAGGACAUACAGGUGGUGUUAUACAAACUAUUCGUUCAAGCUCAAGUAUUUAUAAAAAGUUUUUAACUGUCGAUCUUCGAAUGCACACAGAUAAUAUGUUUGGAUGUCUUUAUCAAUCUCUUUUUACAUAUAAACUAUCUGAAUUAAUCAAAAGAGUUCCAUUUAGUUCUUCAUAUGUUCAAAUAGGUCAUUCAUCUCAAUUCAUUUUACAAACACUUUUAUCACCAAUAUUUUAUCCAAUUGGAGUUCAGAUUCGUGCUGGUGAUGCAACAAUGAAUGAAAAAAAUAUUGAUCAAUCAAAAGUUAAUUCAAAUCUUGAUGAAAUAAUUGGUAAAUAUCAAAACUUUUUUACAUGUGCUCAACAAAUAAUUAGAAAGAAUGAAAAAUUAUUUAAUGAAACAAAUCGAACUCCAGUUAUUUUUCUUUUGGCUGAUGGUUUGGAAAUUCGUCGAGCAGCUUUAAAACGUUGGCAAUUCUCAUUCGAAUGUUCGAAUUCAUCUAACAAAGAAUGUCGAUUAAAUUCUACUGAUUUACAUAUACUAUCAAGUGCAGAUCCUGUUUUUCAUGUAUCACAAACUACAAAUCGAAUGUUAGCUUUUCAGUUGGGAAUGUUUGAUAUUUUUCUUUAUAGUUUAUGUGAACAACAUCUGAUUAGUAGAGAGAGUGGUUUUGGUCGUUUUUCUGCCUUUGCAUCUCUGAAACAACGAAACAUCUAUUCACUGAAUCUUAAUGAAAACAAAACAUGUU